GUCGAAAAUUAAAGCGGUUACUUAAGAAAUGACUUCCUUCAUUCGUACAGAAGUUCUGUUACUGAUAAGGCAACUAAAGCAAACGUAGUAGAUCGAUAACAUGGCUGCCAGGAAAGAGAUUCUGUUCGAAGGAUACUUUUAUGACGUGACGGAUUUUAUCCGAAAGCAUCCCGGAGGAACAGUCAUUGAAUAUUACACAGAAAAAGGAGAAGACGGCACUAUUGCAAUUCGACAAUUCCAUAAACGAUCUGCAGAAAAGGUCCGACUUAUGAUGAACACUCUGGAAAAACGUCCAGCUUCAGAUGGCGAAAUUGGACUAGAUCCGGACGUGCUAAAAAAGAAUCGCAGUCUCACAGAAGACUUUACAAAAUUGCACCUAGAAUUGGAAAGAGAAGGAUAUUUCGAUCCGUCGUAUAUGCAAUCACUCGUACGUUUAAUGGAGAUGCUUUUUUGGGCUGUCGUUGGGCUUAUGCUAUAUUAUAACCAGAAACAUUUAUUGGGAGUGAUAGCACUCACACUUGCUCGGAUUCGAACAGGAUUUAUGGUACAUGAACUAGGUCAUAACUCAUACACCGGAAGUCCUAAGGUCGAUCGAGUUUUAGGUAUUAUUUUGCAAGGUAUGAUGGUUGGAUUAUCUGUGGGAAGAUGGAAGCGUUUACAUAAUCGUCAUCACGCGAUGCCUCAGAGAUUGCAUCACGAUGUCGAUCUGGAAACGAUGCCGUUGUUCGCUUAUAACAAGAAAGUGGUAAGAAAGCCCUCGGACGGUAAACGGUUUCAUAUCCAAUAUCAGGCCUAUCUGUUCGCGUUCGACUGUAUACUAGUUGCGCUGCUCUGGAUGUUAUAUCAAUAUCCAAAGUUCAUGUUUAAAAACAGAAACUACUUGGAAAUAUUUUGUGUAGCGUCACAUGGCGUCAUUUUCUACCAUCUCGGAUUUUGGCCUUGGAUAGUGUCUGCUUGGUUUGGUUCAUUUUACAUGCUUCUAACAUUUUCGAUGAAUCAUACAUUUUUGCCGGUAACAGCAGAGCCCACCCACUGGGUAGAAUAUGCAUUCCAUCACAGUGCCAAUCUUGAAUCGACGCCUUGGUGUGACUGGGCGACAGGACAUCUUAACUAUCAAAUUGAACAUCAUCUGUUCCCGACGAUGCCGAACUUUCGAUUGCCUUUCAUCAGCGACAGAGUUAAGAAAUUAGCCCAAAAGUAUAACCUACCGUACAGUAUUUGUUCAUAUUCUGACGGGGUUUACAAAACAUUUAAAAAUAUGUCAGACGUUUCCAAAGAAGUAAGUGCAUAGCGUUCACAAUUGGAGUUCAAAUUAUAGUUUUCUGGGCAAGAACUUUUUGUCUUUGAAAUAAAUCUAAUAAUAAG